AUGCAAAUCACUUGUAAAGAUCGUUCCACUAAAAAAGAAAAAGUAAUUGAAUUGGCUGACAAUGCUUCGGGUUUACCUAUUCAAAGACAACGUUGGACCUUUAAAAACGGAAAAACUCUGGUCGACAAUGAACUCCAAUCGCAAAAUGUCACUGAUAACACGUGCCUUUUAAUCAAAGAUCUAGGUAUGCAGGUCAGUUGGAGACUUGUAUUCAUCAUCGAAUAUCUAGGACCUAUAUUGAUUUUCCCUUUUGCAAGACUCAUUAACAUCAACAGACCGUUAACCUUCAUCCAGAAACUGGGUUAUCUUUGCAUUAUGAUUCAUUUCAUCAAGCGUGAAUUUGAAUCUGUUUUCGUUCAUCGUUUUAGCAAAAGUAGCAUGCCCUUCAAAAGACUUCCUAUUAACUGUUUCCACUAUUGGAUUCUUUGUGGAGUAAUGAUUUCGUACCAGCUGUUCAGCAAAAACUAUACUUGCUAUUUGGAAAAUCACAAAUAUAUCGCGGUAAUUCUGUUCAUUGCUUUUCUGAGCACGGAAAUCAUGAACUUUUUAACUCAUCUCGUGCUCAAAAAACUCAGAAAACCUGAAUCUACGACGCGAGGCAUACCUUACAAAUUCGGUUUUGACUACGUCAGUUGUGCGAAUUAUUUUUGGGAAGCCUUGAGCUGGAUUAUUUUUUCUUUGAUCAUCAAUACUACAAACGCCUGGCUUUUCACAAUUAUCAGCGUUGUCCAAAUGUACAUUUGGGCUAAAAAAAAACAUUGCUUAUACAAAAAAGAGUUCGCUAAUUACCCUCCUACGGGAGCGCAAUUCAAGCUUACUUCGUCAAAAAGAGUAUUAGUUGGACAUACUACUUCUGGUGGACCAGCACUUACAAGUUUUUCACAAAGUCCUUCUGGAUUCAAUAAUCCUAUUUCACAAGAUCUAAUUGGCAUUGUUUUAACAGUUUUUUGA